AUGGUAUUACUCAACGUCACAUCACACAAGAGCUCCUCCCUCACACUAGAGCCUGUCACUCAGAGCUCCUCCCUCACACUAGAGCCUGUCACUCAGAGCUCCUCCUUCACACUAACGCCUGUCACUCAGAGCUCAUCCCUCACACUAGAGCCUGUCACUCAGAGCUCCUCCCUCACACUAGAGCUUGUCACUCAGAGCUCCUCCCUCACACUAGAGCCUGUCACUCAGAGCUCCUCCUUCACGCUAGAGCCUGUCACUCAGAGCUCCUCCUUCACACUAGAGCCUGUCACUCAGAGCUCCUCCUUCACACUAGAGCCUGUCACUCAGAGCUCCUCCCUCACACUAGAGCCUGUCACUCAGAGCUCCUCCCUCCCACUAGAGCCUGUCACUCAGAGCUCCCUCACACUAGAGCCUGUCACUCAGAGCUCCUCCUUCACACUAGAGCCUGUCACUCAGAGCUCCUCCUUCACACUAGAGCCUGUCACUCAGAGCUCCUCCCUCCCACUAGAGCCUGUCACUCAUAGCUCCCUCACACUAGAGCCUGUCACUCAGAGCUCCUCCCUCACACUAGAGCCUGUCACUCAGAGCUCCCUCACACUAGAGCCUGUCACUCAGAGCACCUCCCUCACACUAGAGCCUGUCACUCAGAGCUCCUCCCUCCCACUAAAGCCUGUCACUCAGACCUCCUCCUUCACACUAGAGCCUGUCACUCAGAGCUCCUCCCUCACACUAAAGCCUGUCACUCAGAGCUCCUCCUUCACACUAGAGCCAGUCACUCAGAGCUCCUCCUUCACACUAGAGCCUGUCACUCAGAGCUCCCUCCCACUAGAGCCUGUCACUCAGAGCUCCCUCCCACUAGAGCCUGUCACUCAGAGCUCCUCCUUCACACUAGAGCCUGUCACUCAGAGCUCCCUCACUCUAGACCCUGUCACUCAGAGCUCCUCCUUCACACUAGAGCCUGUCACUCAGAGCUCCUCCCUCCCACUAGAGCCUGUCACUCAGAGCUCCUCCUUCACACUAGAGCCUGUCACUCAGAGCUCCUCCUUCACACUAGAGCCUGGAAAUCUCCCAUUACACACUACACUGCCGGAACGGGAACUCUUUGCAAAGAAUCACACACGGCACAAUAGAGAAAUGGAAUACAAUAAAACCACUUCUCCACCGAUGGAGAUACAGUAA